AUGAGCUGGCAACUCGUUCAACCGAUCAUCAAGGACUACACUACCGUCUCGAAACCCAAAUCCUAUUGCACCAUCUCCUUUGUCUCUCAGUUCCAGGCAGCCCCACUGGUCUUCAACCAAAUUUACGGCUUCAACAGCGGCGAACCUGCUCUGGCUUUCGUGGGUAGCAUCGUCGCGGCUGUUUUGAUCUACGGUGUUUUUUGCCCUCCGGUAAAUCUAUCGCUACGAGCACAUUCGCGAUCGCUUGAAAGGAAAAGUGUCUCGUAA